CUUUCCGAUUGGCCCUUUCGGCCUCCUAGCAACUGAGUGUCUUCCCUGGCGCAUGCGCGUCACCUUCUUCCGGCCGAGAAGCGCGGGGUACAGGCUUUUCCGGCCCGAGUGGAAUUGCUACCGCGCUCUGCUUGGCCUCGCUUCCUCCGUGUGCAAUGGCUCCGGACUCAGGUCCCUCUCCCGAAGGGCCGCUCUUAAAGCUGCUACCGUUAGACGCCAGGGACCGGGGCACGCAGCGCUGUCGCCUGGGCCCGAGCGCCCUCCGCGCUUUGGGCGCGCACUUGGGCUCGGCGGUGAAGAUCUCGCUGCCUGACGGCGGCUCCUGCCUCUGUACCGCCUGGCCGCGGCGGGACGGAGCGGAAGGCUUUGUGCAACUGGACCCGCAGUGCGCGAGCCGCGGGGCGGCGGUGGGGGCGCCGGGGUCCCGGGGGAGUCUCAGCCUGAGCUGCCUCCGCCUGGUGCCCUGCCCGCCCCUUCAGCGCCUCACCGUGUGGCCGGUGUUGCGCGAGCGGGCGGGGGCGCCCGGUGCCCCGAAUCCAGCCGCGGUGCUGGAGGCGGCGCAGGAGCUGCUGAGGAACCGACCGGUCUCCCGGGGCCACGUGGUGGCCGCUCCGCCGGGCGCCCCCGGCCCGGUGGCCGCCCUGCACAUCGUCAGCGGGACGCCCAGCCCGGAGCCGGCCGGGCUGGUCACCCCUCGCACCCGUAUCGGUCUCGGCGAGGAGCCUCCGGCAGAGGCGGAGCCGCAGCCCGAGGUGCCCUUGGGGGGCCUUUCGGAGGCGGCCGACUCGCUGCGGGAGCUCCUCCGCCUGCCGCUCCGCUACCCGCGCGCCGUGGCCGCGCUGGGGCUCGCAGUGCCGCGCGGGGUGCUGCUGGCGGGCCCCCCCGGAGUGGGCAAGACCCAGCUGGUGCGGGCCGUGGUCCGGGAGGCGGGCGCCGAGCUGCUGGCCGUGAGCGCCCCCGCGCUGCAGGGCGCCCGGCCCGGCGAGACCGAGGAGAACGUGCGGCGGGUCUUCCAGCGCGCCCGGGAGCUGGCCAGCCGCGGGCCCACCCUCCUCUUCCUGGACGAGGUCGACGCCCUGUGUCCCCGGCGGGGCGGCCCACACCGAGCCCCCGAGAGCCGCGUGGUGGCCCAGGUGUUGACGCUGCUAGACGGCAUCGGUGGAGACCGCGAGGUGGUGGUGGUGGGAUCCACCAACCGGCCGGAUGCGCUUGACCCAGCGCUGCGCAGACCUGGGAGAUUUGACCGAGAGGUUGUCAUUGGGACUCCCACACUUAAACAAAGAAAGGAGAUUCUACAAGUGAUUACCUCGAAGAUGCCCAUCUCCAGUCAAGUCAAUUUGAGCCUCCUUGCAGAAAUGACAGUUGGCUAUGUUGGCGCUGACCUGACUGCACUCUGUAGGGAGGCUGCCGUGCACGCUCUGCUUCAUAGUGAGAAGAAUCAGGACAAUCCGAUGAUUGAUGAAACAGACUUUUUUGAAGCUUUUAAAAAGAUUCAACCUUCAUCAUUUCGAAGUGUCAUUGGACUAAUGGACAUAAAGCCUGUUGGCUGGGAGCAGAUUGGUGGCCUUGAAGAUGUAAAACUGAAGUUAAAACAGAGCAUUGAAUGGCCUCUGAAGUUCCCUCGGGAAUUUGUUAGGCUGGGCCUGACACAACCAAAGGGAGUUCUCCUGUAUGGUCCCCCUGGAUGUGCUAAAACCACCCUGGUGAGGGCCCUGGCCACAAGCUGUCAUUGCUCUUUUGUUUCAGUGAGCGGAGCUGAUCUCUUUUCACCUUUUGUUGGAGAUUCAGAAAAAGUCUUGUCUCAGGUAUUUCGACAAGCAAGAGCAAAUACUCCAGCAAUUGUGUUUUUGGAUGAAAUUGAUUCAAUCUUGGGCUCUCGAUCAAUCAGCAAAACAGGAUACGAUGUUCAAGAGCGUGUUCUUUCUGUUCUCCUGAACGAAUUAGAUGGUGUUGGACUGAAGACGAUAGAGAGAAGAGGAAGUACAUCAGAUCAACAGGGUAAAUACAAGGAGCUGAAAAAAAAUGAAGAGUUAGAGUUACAAGAAGUUUUUAAUCAAAAUGUCAUGAUUGUUGCGGCAACAAAUAGACCUGACGUGUUAGAUGAUGCCUUGUUACGGCCUGGAAGAUUAGAUAAGAUUAUUUAUAUUCCGCCUCCAGAUGAAAAGGGCAGGCUUUCUAUUUUGAAAGUCUGUACAAAAAACAUGCCAAUAGAGCCUGAUGUUUCCUUAGAAAACCUAGCAGCAGAAACCUGUUUUUUCUCUGGAGCUGAUCUUGGAAACCUCUGUAGAGAAGCUGCCUUGCUGGCUCUGCAAGAAAAUGGACUAGAAGCAACCACAGUGAAACAAGAGCACUUUCUAAAAUCACUUAAGACUGUAAAACCAUCCUUAAGUCACAAGGAUUUAACUUUAUAUAAAAACUUAUUUCAGAAACAAGGAUUUUCUAACUUAGAGGAUAUUUAAAAAUUACUUUACACAGCUGCUCAAGGAUUAAUUGAAAUGUGAAUUUGCGCUUUAGUUUGCGACUUCACACUUUGAGAGUUUGUGUGUGUGUUAUUUCCUGUAAAUAAA